GCAAGCUUUCAGCCAGCCAGAAGCUGCCUGAAGUUUUGUUUCACGGGGGAAGAAACUUCAGCUAAGGAAACCUGCUUCCUUCCUUCUCCUCAUCUUCCUCACUCUUGGCUGUGAGGACUUGUCUCUGUCAUCCACAGCACUGAGGACUCCUCUCUUUGUGAAUCAACAUAUCACCUGGACACACCAUGAGGUUCUCCUGGAUUCUCUGGCUGGCCUGUGCAUCGGUGCUCUCACUGGUGGUUGGCUGGUGUGAGGCCACACCCCUCCCCUUCAGCAUAGCCACAGAAAACAGUGGAGACCAGGACCUGGAGAUGCUAGUAACCACACCCUCCGCUACCUCCAGCUACGCCGACAUGGCCCCGCUCCAUACCACACCCUGGGUACUGACCCACAGCCCCGUCCAGCCGUCAGACAGUACAGCUGUGGAGCACUUCCUGCUCACGCAGAUGCGGAGCUUCCUGCAGGACAACCUGGUCCUGGUGCUGCUGGUCUCCUCCCUGAUGGCUGGCGGCAUUUUCCUGGUCUGCUGCGCUUCCGCCGUGAGCCGCCAACGCAAGUUUGCAGCCUACUAUCCGGCCUCCUUCCCUGCCACGUGCUACGUGGACCAGAGUGAUAAGGCCGGGGGCGAACCUGCCUUCCGUCAAGUGCCCAACAGGCCCCCGGACGCCCUGGCCCCAGAACCCAGAGACUCCGCCCACCAGCUUCAGCAGGAAAUACUGACUGCAACCCGGAAACUGCGCACCCCAACAAAAACACCCACGGGAGGGCGGGGCACCCAAAGCACAAAGCACAGCCCCCCUGACGUGCCACAAAGCCAACUAGACACCCCACAGGCAGAAGAAACCCUCACAACGACAGAACAGAAAGUGCCCUCCACAAAGAUAGAACAGGAAGUGACCGCUACAAAGACAGACCAGGAAGUGGCCCCCACAGAAACAGAACAGGAAAUUACCCCUACAAAGACAGAACAGGAAGUGGCCCCCACAAAAACAGAACAGGAAGUGGUCCCCACAGAAACAGAACAGGAAGUGACCCCUACAAAGACAGAACAGGAAGUGGCCCCCGCAGAAACAGAACAGGAAGUGACCCCUACAAAGACAGAACAGGAAGUGGUCCCCACAGAAACUGAACAGAACGUGCCCCCCACCGAGACAGAACAGGAAGUGGUCCCCACAGAGACAGAACAAGAAAUGGUCUCAACAGAAACAGAUCAGGAAGUGAAGGAAUCUUUGCAAGAAGCAGAUCUGUCCCAGAGUGCAGAGUCAGAGGAGGUAUCUGGCAUCAUCAAGGAACUAGGGGCCCAACAGGAAGUUAGGUCAUCACCAGCUGAGACUCAGGAACUAGGUGCUUCACCUGUGAAGUUGAUCAGCGGUGAGACAACAGCAUUUUAGGCCUACAAAACUGCUAAAAUCACACAUUCAAGACAAAAAGGGCAAGGAUGAUCUCUCUCUCUCUCUCUCUCUCUCUUUGGCUACUUCCUGUUCACGUGUGUUUUUUAUUUCAUUACGUAUGUGCAGAUCAGGAAAUCAUAUUCUAUGAUUCCUUAGCAGUGACUCUUUUUAUAACAGAACACCAUUGUCUAUGAGAUAUAGCACCCUGGAAAAAAAGACAUCUGACAAUGAUAACUUUAGCUUGUUUAGAUACAACUCACAUUCAACCUUUAAUAUAUUAUUUACUGCUAGGGCAUCCUGCUCAUAGACUGACAUGAGAAGUGUUUCCCUAGGCUAUCCCUCUCUGUCAUCUCCACAUGCUGACUCUAGAUCUGUAUCACCUUCUUCCUUCACGCAGAGACUGAUGGUGUACGCUGAUCCCUGAUCAGCUGACGGGGAAAUCCUGUUAGAACGCAUUUUGUGCAUUCGGUACUUAUUAGCCGAGGAAUAUGACUGUCUGGAUUUACCUGUUGACCAGGUUCUGUUUUGUCUGUCUUUGCUCAUUAAUAAUAUGAUAAAUUGUAAUGUUCUAGAUCACAGUAGUAGCUGUUAUGGCCUUGUGUGGCCUGUGGGUGUCUAUUUUCUGUUUCUCUCCCAAUUCCCUUUGAAGCUACAGGUAUCUAUCCGCUGACUGCCACCCUUUCUCCAUCGUUGGGCUAGGUGUCUCCUUUUCUUGUCUCGAUUGGCUGACUUAUUUCAAGUGCCUUGCUCACUGACAUGUGUUGAGUGUGUUAAGUUGUUGAGCUUAUUGUUUGGAAUUUGUGCAGGGGUGAGGCACCAUUUUAUCACAUUUUUACCCGUUUACGUUAUUUUAAGGGGUUUAGAUCAUGUACUUUUUUAUUUGUGGCAGCUUAGUUAGCUUUGCUUUAUUGUAUGAUUUUGUUUGUUUUUGUGUUUUCUGUUUUUUGGCACCCUUUUGUAAAUUAAAGUUUAGUGCAUUGCAAAA